UAGCAUAUAGGUCAUAAGCUACGGGAAACUCAAUUAUUUUGUGCAGAGAAAGAGAAUAAUAUCUAAGCAGCCAUGGUUGGUGUCCUUCUCUUUGCAUAUAUCACAGUGAAUCUAUUCCUUAAAUGUCAAGGUCAAAGGAUUCAUCAAGCUAAGAUUUGGAGUGAAAAUACAGAAGUUCCAGAAGGUGGAAGACUGGAGGUUAUUUGCAGCACAUUUGGCUUUACAGAAAAGGCAGUUCAUUCAUAUCUGUGUAAAAAUGGUAAAGCCAUUCUUAUGAAAAAAGGGACACCUCGACAAGACACCACCUUUAAAAUAGAGAGAAUAGAAAUGAAUGCUUCAGGCAACUACAGCUGUGUGUUUUCAGAAGAGCAGUUGGAAAUAACCAAAGUGUCAGGAUAUGGUCAAAAUUACAUCUUCAUAAAUGUGAUCGAAUCUUUUAUUUAUGCACAGAUACAUUUGUUCAAACCUGAGGUGCCAGUGGGAAGUGAUGCUGAGUUUAACUGUUCGACGUCCAAACCUUUACACAAAAACCAGUCCAAGAACAUGAUUUUGGUUUAUCUCAUAAAUAAUGGAACACCUGUUGAAGUUAAUAUUUGGGACACAGAGAAGAUGAUGACAACAUUCACCCUCAGAGAUGUCAGGAUUGAAGAUGCUGGGACAUACAGUUGUGUUAUAUUGUUAAACAUACUCCCUUACCAUGGAAUGAGACUUCAUCAAAAUAUGAAAGUCAAUCUUGAGAUUACUGCGACAUCUAAUAGCAGCAUUGACAAAGUCAUAUUUGUCGUAAGGUACUCUAGCAUAGUUUUGCUCUUCAGUCUGUUGCUGGGAAUCUCGGCACUGAUCCGAAAACGAGAAUCAACAAUGAAAGAAGUUAACAAUCCUCACACAUCUGGUACUGGUGACACACAACAUGUUGUCUGGAGUGCCUCAGAGUUUGCUGAUUCCUCUGAAAGUGAUGAAGAGUAUAAUGACGUGGGAAGCAUUACAGUAUGAUUAAAUUAUGCUGUUGCAACUUCGUGGUGUUACCUUUGCUUUUGCUAUUUUACAACGGUUGCUUUUUGUGGUCUUUUUUAGCCUGUCUUUUUAAGUUUCUGGUUUAAUCUGUUUGUAAUCUGUUUAUUGUCACUAUUGUUGGUUUUUGUUUUAUGACACGGACCUACUGACUGAUUGUUGACUAUCCCUUUAGUCACUUUUUUCAUGUAAACAUUACUGUAAAUUAUCUUUCAAGACUGGACAUUAACUCCCAGCAUUCAUACAAAAAUACAAUAUACAUACUGUUAA